AUGGCUGCUGUGCGGUCCCUCGGUCUCCACGAACCUGCGGCUGUCGCCUUCCUAGUCGCAGAAGGUCUACUACCCCCUGACCCCUCUCAGAAUCUAUACAAAUGGACGACUAGUGUCGAUGAAGAUUCCAGCGAUCUGGUCGAAGAGGAGAUCGUAUGGACGAAGAGUUGCGCAGUUUGGUCGCGAGCGGGGGUCGUGAAGAGAGUCUUCCGCUUAGAUGUCGAGAAAGAGGAUAUUCGACAUGCUCUGCUGGCCAAAUUCUCAGUAGGGAAGAUUAAACGGUCUGAAGCGAGUCUUUCGAAGGCGAUCAAUGGCGACUCGUCGCAGAUAAGCCAUGUUCUUGGUCGCCUUCACGAAUCCAACGAACCCCAAGUUGAUGGAGGUCAACUACAGCCGAAAAAGGCCACAGCAAAACGGAAGAUCGACCAGAGGGAUAAUACAGGGCCAGGGCCGAACGGACCUCAGCCAGCAAAUGUUUCUCGGGCGCUAGUGGUGGUUCUCAAGUCGCAGGCUCAUAUCUUCUUCUUGACUGGCAACAGCCAUGUUGUUCCUCUUCCGUUUGAGGUAGAUUCGGUCUUUGCCACGCCCAGGGGCUUGCUGUUCCAGCGCAAAGUGCUUGAAGAAGAAGAUACCAGUCCGGUCCCGACGGCGCCCCCGAAUUCCUUCGUAUCAACACUGCCUGAUUUCCGAGCGUCACAGACGCUAGAAGUUCCGUCCGGCAGGAAGGGCCGCCCAUCCUUAACAAUAUCACCGGCCCAGAGCACAGGCCUGAAGCCCCGGAGUAGCAAACAAGCAGAUCUUCCUCGUGUCUUCUCGCUGAUCGAUCCCCACUCGGAAAUGGGCCUAGUCGUCACAAAGCAAUCGUCUCGCUGGCUCCAAACGAGUGUCAAUGCCCGACCGUCUGGAUUGGAUGUCCUUGACUCUGCGGAUGAGAUCGUGUACGUGUCUCCAAGGGAUGAACUAUCUGGGUCGAGUCGAAACCUGGCCAAUGGGCCUCUCAUCCUCGUGGUGACUGCCAAUAUGAACACGGGACUCUACACAGUCUGGACAGCACGCUACAGAGAAGACGAAUUCGCUCCAGCAUCCAAGAAGAAGAAAAAGGACAAGAGACGGGACACAGGUGGCACUCGAUCAAAGCGGCGGAGUUCUCACUUCGGAAUGACCACAGGGUCAACCACGCCUGCUGCCCGCCCGUCAGGUGCCAGGGAGAGCUUCGGUCCCAGGGGCGACGCGUGGAACACAUCGGGCCUGUCCCUGUCGCAGUACUCCGUGGAAGGGAGGCCGGAUGAGGACGAUCUAGCGUCGAAACUGGGUCAGGACUUUGGGGACAUCGGUGUGCCGCUCAAGACUUCCCGACGUGUGAGUUCUUUACUGGCACGAGCGGACCUGGCCUCCAGCCAAGACCGCAUUACAUUCUCGGAUUUAGCGACAGGAAGCCAAUCGGGGUCGAUGCCUCACGGGAACAUGCGGCAGUCUCUUGGUGCUGGUAGCACUCGGGGGAGCUUUGGGUUCAAUCCGAGAGGCUCACUGCCACCGGGCAACGGUUCCGUCUACAGUACUACGAGCAGCUUCAUCGACGCACCGGUGGAUAGGUUGCUGGAAGAACUCAAUAACGAAAGUCUCUUCGAGGGGUUCGAAAACAUGGACUUGAAAGAUUCGGCGUCGGGGCUUCCAGAAGAGGUCUUGCUAACCAAGGUUGAGAGCUUCUCAUCCAAAUUUUCGGGCUCCUUUCAUACACCAGUGAAAACCAAGUCCUCCUCACGGAGACUGAAAAUUAUCACGCUCUCUCCGUCGGAGUCUGGAAACUCGCAGGAUGGAUACUCGGCAGCCCUGGCCCUCUGCCUGGUGGACCAAGAGGCAAGGUCUAUGACCGUUGUCAACCUCCGAGCUGAUCGUGUUGCCAUCCCGAAGAAGGACGGAGGUAUGUUUGGCAAGAAGAAGAAGGGUGGCGCGUCCACCGAGCGGUCGCUACUUAUCCAGGCUUCAGGUAUACAGCAUUUCUCAGAUGUCUGUGAUGCUUGCAAGGUGGUCGAUGGCGACAUUUCGAGACUCAUGACCCUAAAGAUAGGAGAUGAUGGCCAGCGUGUAUUACACCUUCAGACCCUGUGGAGUACGCCGCAUGCGGUCGAGAUUCCGCGGAGACUCAUGUUGAAUGAAGCAUACGGCAUAUACUCAAAUGUUCCCGGAAGCCGGCGGCGAGAAAGUGGCGUCAAACGCCUGAUGACAGAUUCGUCAAUUUCGGUCGUCGGGCUCGACCAUGCAGCUGUCCGAGGCAAGUUCGAUGUUAUAGACUCAGCCAAUCGUCGGCAUAAGCUUCAAAUCAAGAUGGAGCCAAGAAAUGAUAUGGUGAAGAAUGUUUUCAAGGUGUGUCGGUUCGCUUUACCGGAUUCCGAAAAGGCAGGCGAUGGAAUCCUGACAACAUGGUGGGAAGUCAUGAAAUGGCUCCAGGGGCGAGACACCGACGAGGAUGACCUGGAGUGGACAGCUAUGGUUGUGGUCUUAUUUUCAAUGGCUAUACCGUUCAUUGAGAGCAAAACGACGAGGACACAUACUAAGCCCACGCGACGAAAGAAGGGACUAUUGCGAUCAAGCAGCGGGACACAUGUCGACUCGGAGAGUUGGGAGGCAAUGCUCGAUCAGGAAUCUGGCUCUGCUGGUGUGGUGGCAUCAUGGAUGACCACCAGCUCCUGGGGCUGGGUCGUAGAGCAAGAUGCACAAGAUUGCGAACUUAGCCAAGGCAUACAAUCCUCUUCCAGCCGGUCCACAUACCGUCGGAACACCUAUCUCACUCGGUGUAUCACUCUGGCUAGAGAGUUUUUGCAGAGUCCGCAAGGUGUAUCCGCGGUGGGCUCGGAGGGUUACUUGCCUACAGCGCUGUCAUUCAGUCAAAGCCUGCGCAGUACCGCACUAUGUACGAUCUUGGUAGCGCUGCACCUCCUUCGAGAGGAGCAGAAGCUGUCCAUUUGCGACAGUGAACAGUCACGUAAACCUCUGGGUCUUCUUGCUCCUGUUCUCGCCCAGAUCGGCGGCUGGCUUGGAUGGACGUCUUGGACAUGGGCUGACGACACUUAUUUCGGGACGGAAAUGGCCAGUAUGGAUCGCUGGGAAUUCGAAGAAACGCGUAUGACCAAGCUAGAUGUACCUGACGAACCAUUCACUCCUCCUUCGAUUUUUUCGCAUCUUGAAAUGGCAUGGCGUGGAUCCUCGGGGUCUUUCUUCACGCUGUUAAAUCUUGUCGUCAGUCCCAACAGAUCCCCAAAGAAAGGUCGAUUAUGGCAGGAAUGCUACGCACUCACCCCGCGGACUUUAGCACUGGAUGGCUUCUUAUCAGAGGUACACACCUGCUCAACAUCCCUUGAUCGAAUCCAGCUUCUUCAUCGUUGGGGGCUCACAAAGAAUAUCAUCGAAACCUUCCCUGAAGGUGUGAGCGCUCCCUUAUAUGAGACAAUUUUACAGUCACAAAUACAUGCUUCGACAUCAUGGGGCUCGACGCUUCUCCAGCUCAUUGAUCGCGAAGACCUCGGCAUAUCUCUGGGUGGAAACAACCCCGGAUUACCGCCCGCGCCCGCACCGUUGCAGCCUGCAAUGUCGCAUGACGCAGUGCGUGAUGUUCACCACAUCGGGAUCUCUGCCCUGGACGUCGAUGCGACCAAUUCUUUUGAGGUAUCUGCAGAGGCAGAUCGACUCUCCGUUACCAGGUUGAUUUUCAGAGAAGACAAGCGGUUCAUUGAAGCGACACGGUUGCUGAACCAGUCCAAGGCUCCAGUGGCCGAAUGCAUACCCGAGCCAGAGUGGACCGAUUCGGAUUUGUUGGAGGCGCAGAAAGAGGUAGUGCAACUAGUGACCCUGCGUACACUCUCUAUCCCAACCGGACGGGCUAUGUUGGCCUUUAGUGGUCGCUUGCCCCUCUUGACUGAGAAACUCCCUAUUCCUUCCUUCUCCUUACAGUGUGUCAUGAAGCCAUCGAACGUGACGAUUAGCGCAGACCGAGCCUCAUUUAGUGAAGAGAAGGUGUGCUGGGCUUUCUUCCACAACGGGGUGUCGACUGGCUUGGCUAUCUCGAAGCAUUCCAAGGGCAUCGAUACUUCGUGGAUCCUUUUCAACAAACCACAGGAGCUCACAAACCGACACGCCGGUUUCCUGCUGGCUCUAGGUCUCAAUGGUCAUCUCAAGUCGUUGGCUAAGUGGGUGGCCUUCAAAUAUCUAACACCCAAACAUACGAUGACAUCGAUUGGUCUGCUGCUUGGUCUCUCGGCAUCUUAUCUGGGGACGAUGGAUACCCUCAUUACUCGGCUUCUUUCCGUCCACGUUACACGGAUGCUGCCAAUGGGUGCAGCUGAGCUUAACCUAUCGCCACUGACCCAGACGGCGGGAAUCAUGGGUAUUGGUCUGCUGUAUUGCGGUUCACAACAUCGACGCAUGAGCGAGGUCAUGUUGUCUGAAAUCGAGCAUGUCGAGCAGGAGGAAAGUAGCUCUUCGCAUGAUGACCUGCGGGACGAAGGGUACCGUCUUGCAGCCGGGUUGGCUUUAGGCUUCAUCAACCUGGGCAAAGGGAAAGACCUUCGUGGUAUGCGCGACAUGCAUAUCGUGGAACGACUGCUGGCGGUGGCUGUAGGCACUAAGAAUGUGGACCUCGCGCAUAUCCUAGAUCGAGCUACAGCCGGUGCGACAAUCGCGCUGGCGAUUAUCUUCAUGAAGACCAACGAUGAGAUUCUCGCGCAGAAGAUUGACAUUCCGGAUACGACGGUGCGAUUCGACUACGUCCGGCCCGAUAUCUUCCUCCUGCGCACCCUCGCACGUCACUUGAUCAUGUGGGAUCGCAUCCGGCCCGCCGACGAGUGGCUUGUGCAGAGUUUACCCCCCGUAUAUCGCCGCCGAUAUCGUUUGAAAGGCGUGCGCCAGCUGAGGAGCGACGACAUGCCAUUCUUCAAUAUCGUCGCGGGAUUAUGCUUCACACUCGGUCUGCGCUAUGCGGGCUCUGCUCAGCCGGCAGCACGCGAUCUUCUCCUUGCCUACCUUGACCAAUUCAUUCGCAUCUGCCGUCUACCCGCGAUCAAUUACGACGCCAAGCUGACGCGUAACUCUGUGCGACACUGUCAGGACGUCGUAGCCCUAUCAGCCGCCGCUGUCAUGGCCGGCACGGGGGAUCUGGCCCUCUUUCGCCGGCUGCGGUCACUACAUGGACGCGUGGAUCCGGACACGCCUUACGGCAGCCAUAUGGCAUCACACAUGGCGUUGGGGCUGUUGUUCCUGGGCGGCGGCAGUUACACCCUGGGCACAUCAGAUUUGGCCAUUGCAUCCCUGCUAUGCUCUCUCUACCCUAUCUUUCCCACCACUGUCCUCGACAACAAAUGUCAUUUGCAGGCAUUCCGCCAUCUGUGGGUGCUGGCCGCUGAACCGCGCUGCCUGGUGCCGCGUGAUCUCGACUCUCGCCGUCCAAUCUCCCUCCCCAUCACAUGGACCAAUGCCCAAGGGUUCCGUCGCACCGUCACAGCGCCCUGCCUCCUUCCCGACCUUAGCGGGCUGACUCGUGUGGAAAUGCGUCACGCGGACUACUGGCCAUUGGUCUUAGACUUUGCCGCUCAUCCUGAUCUGCGUGACAAGCUUCGCCAGGGCGAUCAAUCGAUCUAUCUCCGUCGCAAGGCUAGGUACAGCUCCACAGGCGCGCCGACUGUCUUCAUGUCGACGCUCUCCGGCCUCAGCGACGCGCAAGACGUCCUUCCGUCAUCCUCAGUCGCCUCGCAACCGGGCAAGGGCUUGUUGGCUCCGGCCCAAGUCGCCACUUUGAGUGGGCCACGCACCCCCAGUGCACCAGCUCACAAUCUCUGGGAAUGGAUCUUUGCUCUGAGUUCCCUGCAAGACCUGGAUAUCCGCGAGAAGGCCCUCGUUCUGCCUCCCUCUUUCCCCUCUACCUGGCGUCGUCGGUCCGGAAUCCCUACGGCGGAACCGUCGUCUGUGCCCUGGCUACGUCCUUCCGCCGUAGACAUCCAACUAGUCCUGGAGCGGACGGUGCACAACGCCAUUCAGACUGCGAAAGGUCGGGGCGUCGACGCGGAUGAGGUCCGAGACCGUCUCUGGCAAUUACGGUUGUUGUUCAGCUGGCUGGAUUCGAAGGCUGAUGACGGUCUGGACGAGGAGGGUCAGAGCGGCUCGUGCGAUGGCUUGUGGUUGCGCAGGGAUUACAUCGAAGAGACAAGAUGGAAGAUCUGGGGAGUGCAGAUCGGAGACUACGAGUGAGGGACAUUCAUUGUAUAUGAUAUGGAAGGGGAGGGUUACUUCGUUUUCCUAUUGCUACGGCAAUGCCGCAUGGUAUAUGAUUGAUGACUUGCUAAGAUGUUCAAUUCCGCGCUAUGUUGUAUCAUACUAAUUCAAGGAAGGUUGUAUUAUCAUAGAUGGAAUGCGG